AUGGUCAAUGCCUACAAUGCUCACAGGAAAGGGCAUGACAUUUUGCAAGCUGGUGUGAAGGCAGAGCUCUUGCCACCCAACUCUUUGGCACUUGAAGUUGCCACUGAUUCCAAGCUCAAAGAGAGCCAGUUCAAGUUGAACAGGAAGAUGGUUGCUGGCUCCAAUGGCCUUCUUGCCCCCAUUAGGGGGGAUGAGCGCUUCCUCACACUGGCCAACUCUCACUUUGUUCAAUGGGCCAGGGCCAUGGACAAUGGGUGCAAAGGGCCUGAUGAAAACAUUCUCAUUGUCAGUUCUGACAUGAAGCCCUUGCUGAAAGAAGGCUGGUCAUGGAGAAUCAUUUCUGGUGAGGCUGAGAAGUUGUGGCCACAGCUUCCUGCAUUUGCAGCCAUGGCAAUGAACAGCCACAACACCAACCAGAUUACAAGCAAUGAGUUGGAAUGCAUGAUGCAACUUGCAGAUCUUUACCAAGCAGGCAUGAAAAUGGAUGAGGCAAUCCUUGCUGUUGAACACAGCUCUCCCUCCUGCAAGAAUUACUUGCAAGAUGUCGCUUACUUUUGUAAGAUGUACUGUGGUGGGCAGAACUUUCCUUUGCUGCAGUGCUUGGACCACUUCUGCAAGAGCUCAGGGCAUUCCCUUUUGAUUGGAGAGGAGAUGAUGAACCACUUGGCCUUCUACAAUUUCAAGAUCCCUGGCCAAUCCAUGGCCCUCACAAGGGUUGCUCUUGCAGCUUGCAUGCUUUCAAGUAGGAAGCACCAGGACAACAUCAGCAAGCUCGUCUACAAAAGUGAUUUUGACAAGGUGAAGGGAAAGGAUACAACAAAGAAGUUUGAUGAAAUUUUGCAUACUCUGUGGGCAGAGGCACAAGAUCAGAAACAUGAGAAGUCCUUGGCCUUCAAUGCUUUUGGCACUGCCUGUGUUAGAAUGGUCUUGCAUCUCCUCCAAAAGGAGAAGGCAGCCAAACAGGACACCUUUGAAUCUUUCCAAGAGAUUGUGCAGAAGUUCCAAGAUGACUUGUCUGGAGGUGGUGUACCUGCCCCACCUGCAGCCCCGCCUGUUCUAGCUACAAGUUCUGCUGGCUCUAGCAAAGGUGUGCAAGAUUUGGUGAACUGCUCUAGCAAAGAGAUUGCCCUGGUUCAGAACAGCCACAUCAAAGUUGGUGAGAGGUACAUUCAUCCUGACCAUGAAGACAAGAUCUUCGUCCUGUCCUCCUUGGAGGAUACUGGUGCAACUUUCCAAUACACCCCUCUUUUUGGAAAUGCUGUGGACCUCACAGAAAGUUUGGAUGCCCUGAACAAGUGGAGACCCACAAAGAAGGAAAAUCAAUCCCUGUUGGACCAGCAGCUCUGCAUUCAAAGGCUUCCUCAUAAAUAUGAACUUGUGCUGAAGGACAUGGAAAGGAUUGAAGUGAAUGCUUUGCUGGUGGAUGCAUACAAGCAGAACCUUCCCAAAGAUGAUGCCAUGAUUGGCUUCACUCAGCAUCCCUCCAAUGUGGUCUUGCUCACGAAAGCAAAGAAAAAGAAAAUCACACUGUUUCCACUUGGGCAAUGCAGUGCUGUUGCUGACAAGGAUUUGCAACAAGUGCUGAACAAAGGCAAACAAGUGUUAGUCUACUACAAUGGCAAGGCCUAUGCAAUUCAACCCUUCAAAACUUGGACUAGCUUUCAGAAGGCUGACAGUGGCUGUCUUUGCCCUUACUUCUUUGUGAGGGCUUGUGAAGAUGAGGAAGAUUCCAAGCUGGCAACUACCUGGGUGGAUCACCAGGGAUUGAAGAUUCCUGUGUUGCAAAACCAGGGCCCCCUGGAGGCACACACUUUGCUCUACAAGGCUGAUCAUGAUCCAGCUUGUGCGCGUCCAAAUGAGGCAAAACAGCCACCCAAGAAGAAAGCCAAAAAGGCUCAGGACUAG